AUGGUAAGGUCCAUUGCCCCUGAACCGCCCAUUAACCUCAGGGUGAUUGAGGGGCAGGAGUUGGUAUGGAGCCAGGGUGUGUUGGUGGGCCAUGACUAUCAGCGACAAUAUCACGCAGCUUACCGAGCAUAUUUACCAACAACAAGCCAUGCGGAUGAGGACACAGAAAAACUCCACGAACACAUAGACAACCUCAUCAGCAAUAGUGAAGCCCAAUUUAAGAUCGUCAUGGGUGAUUUCAACGCUAAAGUCAGGCUGAGCGCAACUAAAAUGUAUUUUAGUGGCGACUCUCUCAUCAACUUUGCCGAAAGACACCAAUUGAAGAUAUGGAACACAUUCUUCAAGAAACGACCCAGUAGGCGCUGGGCCUGGAUCUCACCUAACAGCACCACAAAGAAUGAGAUCGAUUACAUUCUCACCAACAGGCCACGCAUCUUCACAGAAGUAUCAGUCCUGAACUCGUUCAAUACGGGCAGCGACUAUUGCUUUGCGAGCGGAUCUAUGGUCACCCAUACCAGACUGGAGAGGGCAAAGCUACUGAAGCGCCCCAGGAAAAAAACCAAACCGCCCAAACCACACAAGCUAUCCACGGAAACAAAGCAGCUCAGGGAAAUGCGACGACAGAUGAAACGAGGAGGAACAAAUGUGCAAGACAUUGAAUACGCUGAGGUCUGCAAAGCUAUAAGACAUUGCAUGAGGAAAGAAGUUACAAAACAUGAUGAGAAACAACUUGAGGCCCUGGAACAAAGCAGGGGUCCCACAUUCAUCAAAAAAUUAUCAAACGAUAAUCUACAUUCAGAGGGGAGAGAUGCCGUCAAGCGCCAGAAGCGCGGCAAGGCCCCGGGCGAAGACAUCGUCGCCGCCGAAAUCCAGCACGGCGGGGAGCCUAUCGUCAAGAUGCUCACCAAGCUAUUCAACAGAUGUCUUCACCUUCUCUCGUGUGAUCCUCGUGUGAUCUCGUGUACACUGGCUCACCAACAAGCCAUUCAGCAGGCCGGUUUCAGGUCAGGAUUUUCGACCCUCGACCACAUUCAGGUUGUCACCCAGCUACAAGGAAAGGCGAACGAGUACAAGAUCCCUCUCUAUUUGGCCUUCAUGUGGAGGCUUUUGACUAAAUCGAGUUCAAGCCACGUUUCACGGCGCUAG